CAGGCUGGCUCAGAGCCUCAGAGCCUCGUUUCGUUGGAUUAACCUAUGGCUCGUCUCACCUCACCUUAUUCCACUCAACAUAGACACAAAAUUCGACGCAGUGCAUAAAAUGGCUUCUGACAUGGAAGAAGAAUAUGCGAAUUCUCUCGAUGAGUUUGAGUCAGCCUUGAUUCAGGACCCCCUCGAUGAUGAAGAUGGUGUCUACAGAUACCAGCAUCUAGAGGAAGCUUACGAUACCCGUUUGGAAAAGGCACGUGGGUGGAUCAGAGAAGAACAGGACUUCACGAGCGAGGCCCAAGCUGACGACUUCUUCCAUACGUUCAGUGACAUUACUGCUAAAAGCUCAACCAAAGCAGCAGGUAAUCUUCUUCACGUACUGGUCGAGGUGGUCAAACACAAUGGUCUCCAGCCAGAGAAAAUCGAACGCCUUGCUCGGAGGCUGGUGGAAGAAGCUCCGGAUCUGCUCCAGUACAAGAACAAGGACGGCCAGACUCCUAUUUUAAUGGCCAUUAGAACUCGCCAAGAUCAACUCCUCGACUACAUGAUUUCCGCUUGCGUCAGUCACAAGAAACCAAGAGACAGUGCUCAAAAUCUCAAUACAGCCUUGUGCAGUAAGCACGAUGGAAAGCCGUGUCUUCAUGCAGCCUUUGGCGAGAAGUUGAAACCCGAGACUAUGAAGAUGCUGAUCGAAAACGCCAGCGACGAGGCGUUGAGUAUGACCGAUCACACGGGCAAGACGCCGAUGCACCAUGCAGUACAGUUCAGGGACUGCACAGAUUCGAGAUCAACACUCAUCGACUUGAUGAUCCAAAGAGACUUCAUGGCAAGGCUUAACAAGCCGAAAUCAGCAAAGACGUUUCUCGACAUAUCCGAUCAAAAUGGCUGCUCGGUUUUCCAGGAGCAUGCAAACACCAGGAAGACUUACAUGGAGCAGUAUCGCACCGCCCAGGCCGCGCAACGGAGAAAAAGGGAGUCUAAAGAGGCCCAAAAAGAAGCAGAGAGAGCCCCUCCCAGAGAACCCAGGUUACAUGCCAACACGAGAGAGUCAAAGACCAUUCCCACAGUCAAAGCGCCCGGAGACCGAGAUGCCGAAAGAUACGGUCGUAGUAGUGGCCCAGCCGCUUCUACAGAUGACCGUGAGCGAAUAAGACAGCAGAAAAAGGAAGAGGAACGUGCCAGGCUCGAACAGGCUGGAGCACCUGCCAUAAAUGAUCGUUUAAGAGAUCGAGAUGCGACCGAGAGAGAUGGAAGUCGGUUUCGGUCUCCCAGAACAAAUGGGCUUGAGGCAAAUGACACUGAUGCUCUAUACCCGUCCCGGCAUACUGAACCAACGUCGAACACUGGCAUCAAGAGAAGUAAUACAGCUCGCCCGGAAAGAGAGGCUGAGAGUGAGAAGCGAGUGGUAAAACCGAGUUCCUCCUCUAAGAAGAACCCCGAUUUUCAGAGUGCUUUAAAGAAUCGUGAAAAGAACUCAGAUAUAGUUUUGCAGAAGCUCAAGCUUUAUUAUAUGAGGACGCGCAACGCAGAGAUGGUCAUGUUCUUUUUAUACGGCAAAAAUAUGGAUGAUAUCCAGAUAGGUUUCGACUAUCGUGGUCUACCAUGUCCGAUACCAUGGAAAGAAUUCACCAAGAGGUUCGGCGAAAACGCUGUGGAUGGCUACAAAUUCGAUCCCGUCCUACAGUACGCAACGUUUCCACGCGUUGAAGUUUUGGUAAAGGGCCGUUCAGCAGAUCGCCAGGACAAACUAUCCCAUCAGGCUAAAGCCACUCUGCCAGGAGCCAACAGCCGCAAGGACGUGAAAUAUUUUCUUGAUUGGUUAUACAAGAAAGGAGUGCGUCAUAUCAUCAAGCUAUCAGUUGAGGAUUCUGGAGACUCGGGCCAAAAGGUCCAUAGCGAUGAAGUGAUACAAUCAGCCCUGGAGAAGUUCGUUAUUGAGCAUCUGGACUGGCAGAAGACGGAUUUGGAUCCAGAGACCAUACUUCAUAUUAGCAGUAAAGUAGCAGUGGAGGAGAGAUCACCUUCAGAUGACUCAGAGAGUGUCAACUCGCCUGCAGAGCGACAGUUGAGGAAGCUUACUCUGAUCUGGAGUGGCAGCAAUGCUGUUCUUAGAGCCUGGAGCGAACAGGAUGCUUUACCCUUGCUGCCUCACCUUCAAGAAGUGGAAAUAAUCCCACCAGCACCUCAUAUGACCUAUGAUAGCCCGCAUUGGAUCAAUCAACGAAUUAUGGAGUUUGAACGCAGACUCAAUAAGAAUCGAGAAUCGCCCCAUGAAGCGCAACUCCGGAUCAGCGAUAGUCUAUCGUUCAGCGGCAACAAGUCCGGUCACAUCCGGGUCAAAUUAGUUGAUCCAGCAACAGGAAGCACACUCGGAGUGGCAUCUAAUAUCGUGUCCCCGACGACCAUUUCGACUCCGGACCAGGGUGUAAAUGAAGACCGAUGGUUGAGAUCGAUUGAACAUUUCGCGAGCGCCAUGGCUCCGUACUGGGAGGAUACAGUCACAAACUUUCUUGAAACAAGGCAAAACUCGGGCACGACGGAGCGAGUUGAGAGUGAUGUUGUUAUCGCAUUGAUUGACGAUGGUGUCGAUAAGUUUGAGAUUGGCCGGCCAGACCAAGUUCUUGAAGGAAAGAGUUUUGACUUUCACGAUGAGAGAGUUAACCCGCCGUACUUGUCGGCACAGGGCCAUGGUACAACCAUGGCUAGCAUGAUUCUACGUGUCUGCCCAAUGGCCAAAGUCUAUCCGAUACGUCUGAAGACCUAUAACAGUGCAGAUGGCAAAAGCACCAUCGAUCCAAGGUAUGCAGCACGUGCAAUCCAAGCAGCGUUGGAUAAGAACGCUACCAUCAUCUCCAUGUCAUGGACCUUGCCAAUUGAAAGCGGUAAAGACCACAUGAAGGAAGAAUUACAUGCCGUUUUGGAGCGGGCUGUAGAAAACAAGGUGUUGAUGUUUUGCUCUGCACCUGACAAGGGCAAGUUCACUGAGCUUGACUAUCCAAGUGGUCCAUGGCCCAAUAGCUUCUUCCGCAUUGGCGCAGCCUAUUCAAACGGCACUGUGUUCCAAUGGACACCUGAAGUCGGCAUUACUUACAUCUUGCCAGGUGUCGACGUAGUCCAAGAUCAGAUCAAAGGCGGGUCGUCUAAAUCCGGUGAGGGCUCCAAGUCUGGCAAGAACUUGACUGGUUCUAGUGUUGCUACGGCCCUGGGAGCCGGUCUUGCUGCCAUGGUAAUUUACUGCGUCAAGGCCAGUAUUCUGUCCGUCAAGACGGCGAAUCAGAACAAAGCUGCAAUCCAUCCUAUUCCUGAUGACCGUGCAAUCCAGGUUGCCAAACCAGAUGCGAUGAAGAGGGCUUUUGCAAGCCUGGGCUCUACUACUUCAAAUAAGUUCAUCCAGGUCUGGGAAGAGCUGGAUAAGGCCAGGGUGAUUUUAGAGAGGUGGGAGAGGGAAAAGUCAAUUCCGGAGGCGAACCUGAAAUGCACCCAGGAGUUUAUGCAGUUUGGCAUUAAGCUGGCGAGCUCGGUUAAACAGUAGAAGAUAUAGAGCAUAUUCAGCAGGCUCUCUUAUUGGAUAUAAUUUUUCAGGGGGGUAAAUAGAUUAAUAUAGAGCUCCCUGGAGGUUUUGUGUAAGAUGAAAUUAUGAUAAUAAAUCCUCAUAUCAUGUCGGC